ACUCGAGUGAUGCCAGGCAAAUUGAGCUAAAAAGACUAAGUCCGAAUGGCGAGUACCCAAUUCCGGAAGGAGCUGCAGGUCUGCAUCCUGCGAGAUCGCGUGGUGCAGAUCUGGGUAUAAAAGACACAAGUUGGGGUCCUGUGGGGACCCAAAAACUACCCUAUGCCGCAGGUGCCGCAUCGGACAUCCUGGGAGAGUCAGCAGUCAGUGGCCCAGCCCGGGAACCGCAGUCAAAGGCCCUGAAACCUCCCAGGGCAGCAAACCAGCUAUCCAUCCUUACUGAAGCAAAUACAAAUAAAAGAAACAGCAAGAAAAGGCUGAUUUUCCUGGAAAUAUGUCUCAGGGUAUGUUGGCAUUCAGAGAUGUGGCUGUGGAAUUUUCCCAAGAGGAGUGGGGAUGCCUGGACUCUGCUCAGAGGGCUUUGUACAUUGAUGUGAUGUUGGAGAAUUACAACAACCUGGUCUCUGUGGAGAACUAUUGCAUACAUGAUACUGUUCAUCAACAUGUGAAUACAGAAAAAGAGUCUUGUCAGUAUAAUGAGCUUGGCAAAAUUCUUCAUGAACACUUCAAAUGUGCACUUUAUAAAACUAGUAUAACUAGAGAAGCCUCUAAAAACCACAGAUGCUGUAAGGUCAGGGAUGCCUCCGUUGACUCAUCAAACCCAGAUCAACAUAAAAGCACAUACAAUGGAGAAGAAAUUUCUAAAUCUAAAGACUGUGAGAAAUCUUUAAAUUUGUGUUCCAACAUUAGACAAGAUCAGAGACUCUACACUACAAAGAAAGAGUACAGACAAAAAAAAUAUGAUGACCAUUUCAGUUCUACAUACAGUUUCAUGCAACAAACUAAUAACUACAUUGGAGAGAAACCAUACCAGUGUGGGAAAUGUGGAAAAUGCUUCAGUACCUCCUCAAAUCUCACUGUACACCAGAGAAUUCAUACCGGAGAGAAACCGUACAAGUGCAACCUUUGUGACAAAUCUUUUUCCCAGAGCACAACUCUUAAAACACAUCAAAGACUUCAUACUGGGGAAAAACCUUACAAAUGCAGAGAAUGUGGAAUGUCAUUUCCUUACUUGUCAUCCCUUAAAGUUCAUCAGAAUUUGCAUCCUGGAGCGAAGCCAUACAAAUGUAAGGAAUGUGACAAAUCCUUUACUAUAAAGUCAACUCUUAUAAAACAUCAGAGAAAUCAUACUGGAGAGAAACCUUACACAUGCAAUGUUUGUGACAGAUCCUUUAGACAAUGUGCAAAUCUUAAAACACACCAAAGACUUCAUACAGGAGAGAAACCUUACAAGUGCAAAGAAUGUGGAAAGUCAUUUACUCAGUCAUCAUCCCUUAAAAAACAUCAGAACUUGCAUACAGGAAAAAAACCUUACAAAUGUGAGGAAUGUGACAGAUCCUUUACUGAGAAGUCAACUCUUACAACCCAUAAAAGAAUUCAUACUGGAAAGAAACCCUACAAGUGCAACAGUUGUGGCAAAUCCUUUAACAGUUGUACAAAUCUUAAAACACAUCAAACACUUCAUACUGGGGAGAAACCUUACAAGUGCAAAGAAUGUGGAAAGUCAUUUCCUUACAUGUCAUCCCUUAAAAUCCAUCAGAAUUUGCAUCCUGGAGAGAAGCCUUAUACAUGUAAGGAAUGUGACAAAUCCUUUACUUUGAAGUCAAGUCUUAGAACACAUCAGAUAAUUCAUACUGGAGAGAAACCCUACAAGUGUAAUGUUUGUGACAAAUCCUUUAACCAAUGUACAAAUCUUAAAACCCAUCAAAGACUUCAUACUGGGGAGAAGCCUUAUAAAUGCAAAGAAUGUGGAAAGUCAUUUCAUUACUGGUCAUCCCUUAAAAGCCAUCAGAGUUUGCAUACUGGAGAGAAGCCUUACAAAUGUAAGGAAUGUGACAAAUCCUUUACUGAGAAGUCAACUCUUAUAAAACAUCAAAGAAUACACACAGGAAAGAAGCUCUACAAGUGCAACAUUUGUAAUAAAUCCUUCACCUGGUGUGCAUCUCUUAAAACACAUAAAAAGUUUCAUAGUGGGGAGAAACCUUACAAAUGCAGAAAAUGUGGAAAGUCUUUUCCUCAAUUAUCAACCCUUAAAAGACAUCAGAAAAUUCAUGAAGACAAGGGACAUACUGGGGAGAAGCUUUACAAAUGUAAUGACUGUGACAGAUCCUAUAUCUACCAUUCGUCAUUUAGAAGGCAUCAGAAAAUUCAUUCUCCAUAGAAAUUAUACAAAUGCAUGGAAUGUGGUAAGUCCUAUAUUAAACUGUCACAACUUAAAAUACAUUAUAAAGUCCAGACUGGAAAGAAACCAUACAAAUGCAUGGACUUUGACAAAUCAUUAAUCAUUCACAUUUUAAAAGACAUCAGAGUAUUCAUUCUGAAAAGAGAGGACUUUACAGAUGCAAGGCAUGUGAUAAAUCUUUUUAUAAUCUCUUGGAGAACAUCAUAAAAUUCAAACUGGGAAGAAAAAUACCAAUUGAAAUAAUGUGACAGAGCAUUUAUCUUAUAUUCUCUGCUUACAAAUCAUAUUAUACAUAAUGUAAACAUAAUGAUGUUUGUGAAAUCCUUAAAAUAGUUUAUAUCAUAAAAGAGUAUCAUAGAGUUUAUAUUUAAAUAAAAUUCUGCAAAUGUGUCUGAA